UAAAUAGUCCUUAGUUCUUGGGUCGAGUGAUCCUACAGCUGCGUCUGGUCAACUUCUGGAAAACGCACGCUGCCGAAUUCAGGCAACCAAGAUGUACCUACCGCCGCAUGGCGAGCGUGACCCCACGCAGUUGGACUCUCCUUUUGAGCGCAUCGAGCAACCAGACGAGCCUUGCACGCGACGCAUAGGCAUAUUCACUAGCCAGAAACCGCGCCAUUUGCUGGAGAGCGGACUAUGGAAGCAGGCAAAUCACAGCAUAUCUAUCGUCACUCAGACCCCCGGGGGCCAAGCACUCGAACAGCUCCCCGUCUGA